GUCCUCAGGGCGGCCCCGCCCCGCAGCGCCUCGGCCGUAACGCGCGGGGGCGCUGCGGCGCGCGCGGACGUGUCCGCUCCCACAAUGCCCGGCGGGAGCCGCGCGCCGCCGCCCCGCUGCCCAGAUAGCUCAACAUGAACUUUAACCAUCGAGAUAAUUUACAAAGUGAACAGAAUAUCUUUUCUCCCGAGAGCUGGCUGCAGGAUUCUGGGUUUCUCCUGCAGAGCAGUCCCAUUCCCUGCCUUUUCCUGAAACAGGACAUGGAGCUGCGUUCCUUUCUUCAUGUUAGGUGCUAAGCUGUUGUUAACUCUGUUGGCAAUGUCUAUGAUUUUAUCUGCCUCUGUGGUCCGUGUGAGGGAUGGACUCCCACUUUCUGCAUCUACUGAUUAUGAACAGAGCACGGGAAUGCAAGAAUGUAGAAAAUAUUUUAAAAUGCUCUCAAAAAAACUUUCUCAGCUUCCUGAUAGAUGUACUCUGAAAACUGGACAAUAUAAUAUAAACUUUAUAAGUUCUCUGGGAGUAAGCUAUAUGAUGUUGUGCACUGAAAAUUAUCCCAAUGUCCUGGCUUUCUGUUUCCUGGAUGAGCUUCAGAAGGAGUUCAUCACUACCUACAAUAUGAUGAAGACGAAUACUGCUAUCAGACCAUACUGUUUUAUAGAGUUUGAUAAUUUCAUUCAGAGGACCAAACAGAGAUACAACAACACACGUUCUUUGUCAACAAAGAUGAAUCUUGCUGAUAUGCAGACUGAAAUCAAACUGAGGCCACCGUAUCAAAUUUCAGUGUCAGAGCUUGGUUCAGCCAAUGGCUUUUCUCAUGUACCUGUGGGGGAGUAUAAGGGUACUGGUAAGAUAUCUGCAGCUCCUCACCAACGUCUGGAACCUGUGACUUUGCCAGGGAUUGUCUCAUUUGUGCUUAGUCUGUUAUGUGGGGCUUUGAAUUUAAUCCGUGGCUUCCAUGCCAUAGAAAGCCUUCUCCAGAGUGAAGGUGAAGAUUUCAGCUAUGUUAUUGCAUUUUUUCUUGGAACCGCAGCCUGUUUGUACCAGUGUUACCUGUUUGUGUACUACACAGGCUGGAGGAAUGCCAAGUCCUUCCUGACGUUCGGCUUGAUCUGCCUGUGUAACAUGUACCUGUACGAACUGCGCAACCUGUGGCAGCUCUUCUUCCACGUCACCGUGGGCGCCUUCUGCACCCUGCAGAUCCGCCUGCGGCAGCCCCAGGGAAAGGCCCCUGAUUACAACGUCUGACAGGCCCUGCAGCACUCACACCAAGGCUGCUUCCACUCCUUACUCUCAGGAAUGUAAAGCUGUUCUCCAAAAGAAGAAGCUGGCUGAAUGGGGCUUUUAGUUUUUUCUUUUAUUAAAAAUAAGUCAGUGUAAGAUGCCUGUGGACAUUCUACACUUGGUGGUUGAACCUUUUUUUAAUUAUUUUUUUAUUUUCUUGAAAAGGACCCAAAAGAUUAUGGGACUAGAGGAGGAGAGUGACUUAUGUCCAUGCAGUGAAAUGUAUGUAGAAUAUGAACUGGUGGCAUAAAAAAGUUUCAUUCAUACAUUCAUGGAGAUAAUCUGAUGUGGAAUUAUCUGAUGGUAUUUCAUGAUCACAUUAUCUGAUGGUAGUGUGGAAGCACAUUUGUACAUUAAUGGAGGAAUGUGUAGAGUAUGUUCUGCAUAUUGUGCAAGCUUUUCACUUCCAAGGUCAGUUUUGCCUUUGUGAGGCAGUAGGGAAUAGGCUAAAUAAAUAAUAAUAAUGCUAUUGCAUAUUAGCAAACUAGAUGUGGCAUUUGUAAGAUACUAAAUUUUGGAAUGUUUUAUUUCACGUUGACAUAUAUGUGAAUGUUUUCUUAAUUAAAAUGUAACCUGGAAACUCAGUUUCUAGGGAUUGGCUUCA